AUGUCCUCGUCAUCAUACUCGGGCAGCAGCGCUGUGUAUAGUGAUUCGUCACGUGCAAGCACACCUGAAGCAGCUGCAGCUCCUCCACCACCGGCUGAGGCUCCUUCAACUGAGCAACCAGCAGCAGAGGUAGUGGUUGCUCCAGAAGCAGCUCCCGAGCCAGCAUCUCAUGUCGAGGUUGGGAACAAUUCGGACGACGAUGGCGACCCUUUUGCGUAUCCGAUUAAUGAAGAUAUGCUUUCUGACAGUUCCGAAGACUCAUCAGAAACCGAUAGCAGUGAUUCCUCCACCUUGAGUGACGAGGAGGAAAGAAGUAAACGUGGUCACGUGAGGCUGUCCUGCUCCGAUUUCUCGUAUACUGGCUGCGUUAUAGCUUUCUCUUUAACUGCUAAGCAGUUUGCAAUUUCUAGCGAAGCAAUAACAGUCAUGUUCAAGCCUCUAAGAGCUCAAUUUGACGUCGUGCCAUCAUCGCAAGAAAUGGGUAAACUGAUAGUGGACUACCUGAUAUCUGAAGGGUAUAGAGAGGCAGCAGAGCUGUUAUGUCAGGAAUCGGGAUUGGAGUUGCCGAAGGAUGAUAUCAAGAAUUUGGACGCACGUAUGAAUAUCAGAUGUGCGAUAAUAGAAGGACGGUUGGAUGACGCUUUACGAUUGGUCAAGGAACUGUGUCCAACUCUUUUGGAUGAAAAUCGUGACGUGCGCUUCCAUCUCAUGCAACAAAACUUAAUUGAGAUGAUCCGAAGAGGUGAAAUGGAGAGGUCGUUGGAAUACGCUCAAGAAAAUCUUUCAAAUGAUAACACAUUGACGGAUUCACAAUUGGAAAGGUUGGAAAAAACUUUUGCCUUGCUAGCUUUCGAGAAGCCAGCGGAAAGUCCCUUCGGAAAGCUGUUGGAUCAGUCUCAACGUCAAAUGGUCUCUACCGAAGUGAACGGGGCCGUACUCCGAGCUCUUAAUCGACCCGCUGCACCUCGCCUCGAAGCAUUACUGCGGAUGAUCGUCUGGGCUCAGAAGCAGCUGGUCACAGAGCGGGAAGAGGAUCGAACAACUGCGCCUCCCUAUUCUGGUCCCGCAAGGUAUAGUGGUGGUGCUUCUGGUGGGUCCACUGAUACGGAAGCGAUUGCUCGAUCCCUAUUCGGUGGCACGUCCUGCUGA